AUGAACAAAGGCGUGAGAAGGAAGCACAAAGUGGUGGCGCUGUAUUCGGGCCCUUGCUUGUCACAGGUCACGAAAAGGACCGAAGGAAGAAGAAGCUCACAGGCGGUUAUUCCUGAUGUCUUGGUCGAUCGAUCGCAAAGAGGGAGGCGUCUUCGAGGUUCGACGAGGCCGACGGGGAGGAAGGAAGAAGCAGCGAGGCUGCUAUGGCCUCAGUGGGUGCAGCGAGGAGUGAAACAGGGGAAGGAGGCCAGAAAAGGGUCCGACGAGCAGUACGACGUCGCAGGUCGGGGAUUCGGUGUCGUUUGCUUGACAGAAGAAGAAGAGAUGUGCGAGAGGUUGGGCUGCUGUCUCGAUGGUUCUCCGAAGCACCACCACAGCCGGUGGUUCAUGACAGAGGAUGAAGAAACAGGCAGAAAAUCAAGGAAGAAAGGGAAAGAAAAGGAAUCGGGGAAAAGAGGUGAAGAAGAUGACGAAUUCAAGAGUGUUUGUGGGUUUUGAUGUUUCAUUUGACAGCUUCAAUCGAGAGAGUCAACACGUAUCCUUUGUGUGUGAUUUAAUAUUUCUUUUGUUUGUGAUUUACUAUAAGCUGAAAGUUAGAAGCAACACUAUAAUUUAUUCUCUAUUAUGGCGUGCAAGCAAUAAAAUAUUUUGAACAUUUUUUCAUCAUACUUCAUGUAAUUUGAGUUCAAGAUAACAAGUUAUGUAUGCGGGCUUUGGGUAAUUUUUUAAGAAUUGUAUAAGUAAAUAAGAGGGUGUUUGGAUUAACUUAUUAGUUUAUUGUUUCUCAGUUUAUUUGUGGUGGAAAUAAACAAUAAAC